GGUCUUCAUGGAGAACUGUUCCUGAGCACAGAGCCGUUUGGUGGGACGCAAUCAUAAAGAAUGAAUCAAGAUAAAAACCUCUAAAUGUGAGUGCUAGAAAAAUUACUACACAUCUCAGUGAAUUUACAAGUGGCUCACUGCUCCUGGUGGGUCGGCAACCAUCGUGGGCCUGCACCAUGGGCCUCCGGAUUCACUUUGUGGUUGACCCCCAUGGCUGGUGCUGCAUGGGUUUGAUUGUCUUUGUCUGGCUGUACAAUAUCGUGAUCAUUCCCAAAAUCGUCCUCUUUCCUCACUAUGAAGAAGGCCACAUUCCAGGCGUAUUAAUAAUAAUAUUCUAUGGCAUUUCUAUGUUUUGCCUGGUCGCCUUAGUGAGGGCCUCCAUAACGGAUCCAGGAAGACUCCCGGAGAACCCCAAGAUCCCACAUGGAGAAAGGGAGUUGUGGGAAUUAUGUAACAAGUGCAACUUGAUGAGACCAAAGCGUUCCCAUCACUGCAGCCGCUGCGGACACUGUGUGAGGAGAAUGGACCAUCACUGCCCGUGGAUUAACAAUUGUGUUGGUGAAGAUAAUCAUUGGCUUUUUCUGCAGUUGUGUUUCUACACAGAGCUGCUUACUUGCUACGCGCUGAUGUUUUCUUUCUGCCACUAUUACUACUUCCUUCCACUAAGAAAGCGAGACUUGGACCUCUUUGUCAUUCGACACGAACUGGCCAUCAUGAGACUGGCUGCCUUUAUGGGUAUUACGAUGCUGGUUGGAAUAACUGGACUCUUUUAUACACAACUGAUUGGCAUCAUCACAGAUACAACAUCUAUUGAAAAGAUGUCAAACUGUUGUGAAGAAAUAUCAAGGCCCCGAAAGCCGUGGCAGCAGACCUUCUCAGAAGUUUUUGGCACUCGCUGGAAGAUCCUGUGGUUCAUUCCUUUCAGGCAGAGGCAGCCACUGCGAGUCCCCCACCACUUUGCCAAUCACGUCUAAACAGAUGGAUGGUGGGCACAGAUGGGUCCUCCAGGCUGGAAAUGCGUUACAGGUUUUAUGAUAAUAGAACGAUGACAGUCUUCAAGUCAAUUAAAAUCCACCCACCAAUCUUCGGCAUCACAGCAUGCCCCGGGCUUUAUUUUAAUAGCGAUCUUGAGCCUGUUGUGGGACUAAUGUGUGAUCUAUAUUUAAGUUUUAAAGCAUGUUCACUUUCAAAUUAGCUUUCCAUGGGAUUUCUUCAGAUGGUUUUAUUGUUACACUCAAAAGGAAGUGAUUGGGAUGAAAUAAUUGUACAUAAUUUCUUUGAGUACUGACAAUGUUUCCGGUUCUAAUUUGCGGGGCAUUUCCAAUGUUUACUUGAAUUUAAUUCUCCAGGUUUUAUAGAAGUUGAUACAUCUGCUUAUAUUAUGUGUAAAAUUCUCUCUUCUAACACAGUUUAAAAGACUUGGCACUUCUUUUUAUCUGCGCUGCAAGGUUUUAAAGAUAUGCAGCAAAGGAGUGAACAACAUUGAAACAGGGCAAUCUUUCUUAGAAGUAGCAUUUUCAUGUUUUCUCCUUUUCCUCAGCACCAAAACCAAAACACAGGCCCCACGAAAAGUGAAACCCCAACUACCUACCUUGCUUGAAAGGGAAGACCGACAUCUCUCUCAGCACGAGCGGUGUCAUUGCAUUUCCUCCACUUGCACUGACGGUUGUUAAAAUGUUUGUUCUAAGGCGGAAUUUGUGACCAGUCAGCACAUCUUUUUCUUGGACCCUAAGAUCCUGAAGGGCAAGAAGGGUAGAGAAUUUGCCAUCAUUCCACAGAUACUUUUUCUAGUGCAGUUGUAUUAGAAUGUGUGUGUACUUAAAAUGCUAGUAUAACUAGAUACUAUUAUCAUGUACAGUAGAAAGAAGAAUAUUGUGCUUCUGGGAAAAAAUGUACUUUUUACUUUUAUUUACCUACUGAUAGAUCUAAAAUGACAAGUUGAAGGUUUAUAUAUAACAGAUAUCUAUCUGCCCAAUAGUGUAGAAGAAUUUUUAUUGGAAAUUAUUGUUCGAAGUAAACAAUUUUCGUGGACUUCUAAGUACCCAACUUGAAAUCCAGUUUUAACUGGCCAACUAUCAUUUGUGGAAAGACCUUUUUUCAAGAAGCUCAUGUUAGGAAAUUAUAUUAAAAUAAUAAAAUAUAAUGGUAUGUAUUUAUCAGUACCCUUAUACAGUUUUAAAUUGCUAAUAAUGAUGGCUUCUUGGAAACUAUAGAACAUUUGUGUGGAAAGAUAGUUAGCAUGCUUGGGAGAAAAAAGUUCAACUUUUUAUAUUUUUUUCCAUUAGAAUACUGCAAAAUCCAUAUAUCUUUUAAAAUAAAUAUAUAUACUCAGUAUUCACCUGAAAAGAAGAUUUAAUGACGUGUUUGUUCUUGGAGCAUAUUAAUAUUUUAUUUCUAGAAAAUUUUCAUUAUAAAGAAUCACUUGUGGGAAAUCAUGAAACACAAGGUUAGCUUGACCAGACGGUUCUUUCAGAAACUGUAAAUAUCUUCUAAAAUAUUCUGAAAUAAUACAAUAAGCUCUUCUCAGAAAUAUAGCACCCGUGCUGUUCAUGUUCUGAUUGUAAAUGCGUUAUUACCAAAAAUUUAGCAGUGGCAUAUAAGAGUAUUUAUCGGUGCUGAUAAGAUGCAUAGUAAAUUUAGUAUGAGCAGUACAUUAUGAAGCUCAAUAAAACACAACAUUAAUA